CAUUGGACAGGUUUUGCCUGAUGCAACGACAACAGCAUUUGAAUAUGAAGAUGAGGACGGUGAUCGGAUUACUGUUAGAAGCGAUGAAGAAAUGAAAGCCAUGCUAUCCUAUUAUUAUACCACUGUAAUGGAACAGCAAGUAAAUGGACAGUUAAUAGAACCUUUGCAGAUAUAUCCAAGAGCCUGCAAGCCUCCUGGGAAACGCAACAUACAUGGCCUGAAGGUAAAUACGCGAGCAGGGUCUGCUAAUAAUAGCAGCUCAGCAGUCUCGGAUUCCCUUCCAAGCAAUAGCUUAAAGAAGUCUUCUGCAGAACUGAAGAAAAUAUUAGCUAAUGGCCAGAUGAAUGAACAAGACAUACAGUAUCGAGACGUCCUCGGUCAUGGCAAUGGAGGCACGGUCUACAAAGCAUAUCAUGUCCCUAGUGGAAAAAUACUGGCAGUAAAGCUCAUACCUUUAGAUAUUACACUGGAACUCCAAAAGCAGAUUAUGUCGGAAUUAGAAAUCCUUUAUAAGUGUGACUCAUCUUAUAUCAUAGGAUUUUAUGGCGCUUUUUUUGUAGAAAACAGAAUUUCACUAUGUACAGAAUUCAUGGAUGGCGGUUCUUUGGAUGUUUAUAGAAAAAUUCCAGAGCACGUACUAGGAAGAAUAGCAGUAGCUGUUGUUAAAGGCCUUACCUAUUUAUGGAGUUUAAAGAUUUUACACAGAGAUGUGAAACCCUCUAAUAUGUUGGUGAACACACGAGGACAGGUGAAGCUGUGCGACUUUGGGGUUAGCACACAGCUGGUGAAUUCUAUAGCCAAGACGUAUGUUGGAACAAAUGCUUAUAUGGCGCCUGAACGAAUUUCAGGGGAACAAUAUGGGAUUCAUUCCGAUGUAUGGAGUUUAGGGAUUUCCUUCAUGGAGCUUGCUCUUGGGAGGUUUCCAUAUCCUCAGAUUCAGAAAAACCAGGGAUCUUUAAUGCAGCCUCUCCAGUUAUUGCAGUGCAUUGUUGAUGAGGAAUCGCCAGUCCUUCCGGUUGGGGAGUUCUCUGAGCCAUUUGUACACUUCAUCACUCAAUGCAUGAGAAAGCAACCAAAGGAAAGGCCAGCACCUGAAGACCUAAUGGGCCACCCAUUCAUCAUGCAGUACAAUGAUGGGAAUGCAGAAGUUGUCUCCAUGUGGGUGUGCAGGAUGCUGGAGGAGAGACGGUCUCACCAGGGCCCUCAGUGAGCAGCAAGGAAGCACAGCAGGGGUGAGGUGAAAGAGAACCCGGGACUAGCAAAAGGAAAACCAGCCCACGUUGCACUGUCAAGAGAGAUGGCAUAUUUCACGGAAAAAAUAUUUUUAGAAGCAUCAACAAAACCUUUCAGGAUAUUUGCUGCUGCUUUUUCUGACUUUAGGGCAUUUUCUCCACACAUUUCCUUUGUUGCUGACUGAUUCAAUGUCCUCAAAUUGUCUUCAAUCAAACUGUACACAGCCUUAAAGCAUCUAUAGUAUAUAUAUAUUUUGUUAUUGAGUGUACUGUAUAUUUCUUGGCUCCAGACUGUUUUUUAACCCUUAGUCUUUUGCUCUUGUAAAAAUGACACGUUGACUGUACAACGAAGUUUCUACGCAAGUAUAGACUGUCUUUGGCCGCAGACAUCAAGGAUGUGUUCCGGGUUUUUUUAAUUGUAUUUGUUUAAUAAAGCACGACGCUGGCAUUCACCAUCCUUAUG